AUGACGCCGUAUCGUGUAGCACAACUUGCGCAGGAGACGUACAAUUCGAAUGUUCUUCAACUGCUCAUCGAUAAUCUGACGAAACUGGACUUCGAGGCCAAGAAAGAUGUGGCACAGAUUUUCAACAAUCUUUUGAGACGGCAAAUUGGUAUGAGUCGCAAGACAUUGCUGUUACAUGUGGGAGCAUGCUACGAGAAUGCAUAA